CCUGCCAUUUUGGAAUAUAUGGUAAAAAAUGACCGACACAAAGAAAUGUAUUUGUAUUCCACUAAUUGUAUUUUGUACUGUGAUUCUGUACCUUACAAACCUAUAUAUACCGAAUAUUAGAAACGCACUUAUAACCGGUGCAAAUUAUAUAACUGGUGCAAAAAAUAUAACUGGUGCAAAUUAUAUAACUGGUGCAAAAACUAUAACUGGUGCAAAUUAUAUAACUGUUGCAAAUUAUACAAUUUCCAAACAAAAUGUAUCUAUACAUUGGAUUAAUCCACCGCCCCAUAUAAAGAAACACGAUUUAAAGAGAUGGGUACGUCAGUGCAACAAUUCGUGUUUUUAUAGAAAUUACAAUAAUAGUGAUGUUGUUAUAUUUGAUGGAAAUACUUUGCGAGGUUAUCCACCAAAAAGGGCUAAAUCAAAUCAAAUAUGGAUUUUUCAUGAAGGAGAAUCACCUCCAAUUACUGCCUCUCAUGCAUGGCGCCAUCCUUCAUGGAUAAACCAAUUUAAUAGAACAAUGAGUUAUCGCCUUGACGCCGAUAUAUUUGCACCCUACGGUUGGUAUGAAAAACGAAAAUCUCCUCUGAAAAAAAAUAUCACUGAAAUAAUGAGCAAAAAAUCUAAGUUAGCAGUUAUACUUUCUGGACAUUGCGGAGUACCAAGUGCUCGUGUGAAAUAUGUAAACUUACUACGAAAAUACAUGCCCGUUGACUUUUAUGGACGAUGUGGCAACAUGACUUGUGAUAAAACAAAAUCACACCAUAACUGUACUUCUAAAACCGCAGAAACAUACAAAUUUUAUCUUUCCUUUGAAAAUACCUUUUGCAAAGAUUAUGCUACUGAGAAAUUUUUCCGUGCUGAAGCUUCUGAUAUUGUAGCCGUUGUGCGCGGUGGAGCAAAUUACUCACUGUUAAGUCCAGAAAAGAAUUAUAUCCAGACAAGUGAUUUCAACUCAGUAGAAGCACUGGCCAAUUAUCUCAAAUAUUUAGAUAAAAACGAAACUGCAUAUAUACCAUAUUUAGAGAGAAAAUGGAAAUAUGACGUUUAUCUCCUCGAAGGUGGAUAUCCCGAAAUAAUGGACAAAGUGUAUGCGCAACGAAUGUGUGAUGUGUGCAAGAACUCUAGACGGUGGCUUAGGGAGAGAAAGAUUUAUGACAAUAUAAGUGAUUGGUAUGAAAAGGACAUUUGUCAUAGACCAACAGACAUUCAUUAGUGUGUUCAACUUAACGUGUAAUCGGAAGUUUUGUUUGGGAUUUUUUUCUUUUCAUUUUGUAUUGUCUUUCACAAUCAUAAGGUGCAGUCACCUCUCAUCUUCUCUGGGAAUAACUUAUGUAUAUACUUUGUAUAUUCAUGUCACGUACAGCAUCCAGCAUAUUGGUGUUUAUGUGAUUUCGAACAUUCCAACGGCCCAAGAUGUGGGACAUUGAUGUUGUUUAUCAAAGGGAGGAAACUCUCUUAAGCACAGCUGUAGGAGUAUUGGCCCACGGGUAACCAACGAACGAAACUAGCACAUUCUGGAUGUAAUCAAACAGUCUAUAAAGCUUUCGCAAAGGGUGAAAAGGGUAAAAGAAUUAUCCUGUAAAAUAUCAUUGGGGCUGUGAUAAGAUUUUAUGACAUACUCAAGGGCAAUAACUCGAAGCAUUUGUUAGACUGACUGGGCUGUGAUAAGAUUUUAUGACAUACUCAAGGGCAAUGACUCGAAGCAUUUGCUAGACUGAUUGUGGCUGUGAUAAGAUUUUAUGAUAUACUCAAGGGCAAUAACUCGAAACAUUUGUUAGACUGAUGUGAUUUAUGCAUUCUUUAGAAAAAAACGCACUGAGAAAGUAUAUUGUGUAUGUCCCACCCGACGGUCUAUACGUCAUCACUUGCCAGGCUCGCCGCCCUGCAAUACUGACAAGGGGGACCAUGCACAACAAUUACCUUUUAUAUAAAACAAAUUAUUAGGAGUUGUAAAUGAGACUUUGAAAAUAACUGUGGUAAUAUAUAGUAACUAUAUUCCACGGUACGAUACAUUACAAAUCGCUUUUCAAAACUGGUUUAAAAAUCCGCCGAAAAGCCAAAAUUCAACUCAAAUGGCUGUCGUCAGUAUUUAAAGGACACGGCUGAAUCGACAAAUCAUAUCUAAAAGCUAUAUUUAGAUAUUUUAUUAAAUUUUAUAUGGGUGAUAUGACGUCGAUAAAAGCGGAUGUUAAAUACACAAUUGCCUAUCAAACCUGGUUUCUCAACAUUUUUCCAAUUGAAAAAAAGGUCAAAAUCUGUCCUCACACUUACGAAUUAUUUGAUAUCAUUGAAUUAUUAGUAAUUAGUUUAUAUCUCGUUAUGAUUUUCGGUAAAUUUGGUGUAAUUAAAUACGCCGACGCAAUUUCGCAUUUUGUGGAUUUGUAAUUUGUUUUUGAUAUUUUUUGUCUUUUUCAUGUAAAUUAUUAUAAAGUUGUUUUUUGUCGGAUUUCACUUUUGUUGUAAACGGACUAUAGUUUUUAUCCUUUUGUUUUUGAUAAUCCCAUGUUUGACUGGUCCUACCGUGUGAACAUUAGCUGGUGUGGGCGGGGGGAGGCAUAAUGGGAUGACCCCCGGUUAAAGAGUUUCAUUCCUGUGAUCACCCAUUAUUUUAAAAUGCGUCAAGGGGGUUUGGAUGGCCGAAUGAUUAGCGCGUGCGCGUUGUAUCAUAAGGUCUGCCAUUGUGUCAACUGGCGUGGUUUCGAUUCCCCGGUUGUACAUGAAAAGGAGUAGGGUCGUUUGUCGAACCUCGUGGGUUUUCUCAGUGUCUUCUGGUUUCCUCCCACUGCUUAAGAAUUAUUGAAAUAAAAUUGAACCAUAUGUUAGUCCCAUGAUGAUCUAGUUUGUAUCGAGUUGACGUUUAACCCCAUAGACUUACUGACAAUGACAGGACAUAUUUAAAUGUUUAAUUUAAACACACAUUAUGCAAGAGCUAAAUCUGCCUAUUGCAAGUCUUUAUUUAGGCUUCAGAUGUUAUAGAAGUUAUUAUUUAGACAUUUAUUUACAUGACAAGCUCAAAAUCAACUCUCUAGACCAUCGGGUAGCUUGGGUACAGCAUGGAUUUAAACAGUCGUCCAUUUAAAAUUAAAUCAAUAAAUGGCUGACCAAGCUAACGUUUACCGUUAGUCACUGACGAGGAUACCAUUGUCAUUGAGAAUGUUACUUGAUAAUCGAGAAAAUGUGAGUGGAGUUAUCGUCUGUCAAUCAAACAAGUGGCAAUUCUCGUAGACGUUGCAGACACAGUUGAUGCCUAUUUCUAUAGUCCAAACUUCCAACAGUGACAACUCCGUUCAGAAUAAAGUAAUUUGACGGAAUUUUUCAAAAUUUUCUUUUUUUAUCACCAAUUUUUGAAUAAUGGCCAACUCUUUAUUAAACUCUUAACUAAUGUAUCUUUAAUAAACCUAGUUAAUGUAUCUUUAAUAAACCUAGUUAAUGUAUCUUUAAUAAACCUAGUUAAUGUAUCUUUAAUAAACCUAGUUAAUGUAUCUUUAACUGAAUUUUGUUUUAUAAAAUGUGGAAAACCAUUGUUUGUUUUAUAACGGACGGAAUGAUUUAUU